CAUCACACCACACUCGACAUUUGUAUCCUGCAACAGCUCGACGCAGCUCUCAAAAGGCAACACGUCGUAGCUCAAGACCUAAUAAAGCUGCACGGGCUGUAACCUCAGCCGAAACUCGCGCUCCACGCUCCAGAGACAAUUGCCGGAAGAACCACCGAAGCUCGCACCCCCUUCCUUGGUCCACCACCGAUUGUUCGCCGCCAGCCUUGUGUGAUCUUCACUCUACGCCCAUCUCGAAUCCACCAAACACCUUUCUUUCGAGACAUUGGCACUCUGCUGCGCUAAUGCCAUCGCCGCCUACAUCUCCACCAGCCGCCAAGCGGCCAAAGCUCGAUGCGGACCCGCCGGCAGAACUCUUGUCUUCCCCCGCCAAGCCCAGCAGCCAUGUCAACGGCGCGAGCUCGUCGGCCGCCGCGCAAGUCACGGCAGUUGACGACAGCGAUGAUGAGGAGGAGCAGCCUGAAGUGAUCGACGUCGAGCUCGAGGUCGCAAGGCGAGACAUGUACCUUGACACUGUCUCCCGAGCCAACCUUGAUUUUGACUUUGAGAGGCUGUGCUCCAAGAGUCUGUCAAACAUCAACGUCUACGCCUGUCUCGUGUGCGGCAAGUACUUCCAGGGCCGAGGACGCGGCAGCUGGGCAUACCGCCACGCGGUCGGCGAGAACCACCGCGUGUGGCUCAACCUCGAGAAGGAGAAGUUCUACGUCUUGCCCGAGGGAUACGAGGUCAAGGACUCUUCACUCAACGAUGUGAUCUCGGUGCUCAACCCCCGGUACAAGACUGCUCAGCUUGCCGCACUGUCAGACCUUCCCCGGCCAUCGUACACUUUGGACAAGGCGCCAUACACGCCAGGAUUCAUUGGUCUCAACAACAUCAAGAAGAACGACUACCUCAACGUCAUCAUUCAGCUUCUUCUCCACGUCCCUCCUCUUCGCAAAUUCCUGCUGGAUCCUGAGACUCCCCAACUCGCCGAAAGCAGCCGCCCUACCGAGCUGGUGGUGCGCCUCGCAACCCUCUGCCGGAGACUGUGGAACCCCAAGCUGUUCAAGGCACAGGUGUCCCCACAUGAGUUCUACCAAGAAGUCACCAAGCGCAGCAACGGCAAGUUCAAGAUGACCGAGCAAGGCGACCCGGUUGAGUUCUUGGGAUGGCUGGUGAACACGCUGCAUCGGGAUCUGGGCGGAAGCAAGAAGCGCAACUCGAGCGUCAUUUACAAGACGUUCCAGGGCAAGGUGCAGAUUGAGACGCAGCAGGUGAUCACGCACAAGGAUUACGCGCGACCAGUGUUCGACUUGUCACGAGAAAUCCAGACCGUCUCCUCCCCUUUCCUCUUCCUCGCUCUCGACCUCCCUGCCACCCCUCUCUUCCAGGACAUCAACGAGAAGAAGAUUAUCCCCCAGGUGCCAUUGUCGACCAUCUUGGCCAAGUUUGACGGCAAGACGACGCAGGAGUUUGGCCCUACAUUGAAACGACACCACCUCACCGCCCUCCCCCACUACCUCAUCCUGCACAUCAAGCGUUUCACCAAGAACAACUUUGUGGAGGAGAAGAACCCCACUAUUGUCAACUUCCCCAUGCGUGGUGUGGACAUGGCGCCGUACGUCGACCCUAAGCCGUCGGAUCCGAUCCACACGGUGUAUGACCUGCUCUCGAACGUGACGCUGGACCAGACGACGGCGUCGACAGCCUCAGCCGGCACCGGAGCCAACUCGUCGGCCAGCAACUCGAAGAAGGACCCCGAUCAGGAGGGCCAGACGACGUGGAAGAUCCACGUGCGGGCCGGCCACGGUGGGGGCGACGAGGAGAAGUGGUUCGAGAUGCAGGACCUGCGGGUGGAAGAAGUGCGGCGCGAGAUGGUCUUCUUGGGUGAGACGGUCAUCCAGGUAUGGGAGCGGAGGGAUUUGUCGAGGUAGCGGCUGCAGUGGCGGAGGUAGCCGUGGCCGCUAAGCGGCGGCUGCGAGCAGGCAAGCAGUCGCCGUGCGAGUAGCUAUAUGCAUC